GUAGAUGUAAAAGAAGAGAGAGAAAUUUAGAAUGGAAACUAGAAGGAAUGAUCUUGAACGAUGUUUUAAAUAAAAAAGAGAAAUCUAAGACUCAAAUUCAAUAAUAACAAUAGGAGAAUACUGCUAUAAUUCUGAUAAUUUAUUAGGAAAGGGUUCUUAUUGUUAAGUAUAUGGAGGGUGGAAAGUAUGAAAGAGAUCUAAUAAUUUAGAGUUCUAAUAAGUAUAAGAAGGUAGCAAUAAGAAUAAUGGAAGGGAAUGAUCGUGUAAGUUAAGAAAUAGAAUUGUAAAAAAGUUUAAAAUCAAAGAAUAUUGCAAAGAUUUAUGAUGAUAUAAAGAUUGAUGAUAAACAUUAUAUAAUAAUGGAAUUAUGUGAUGGUAAAUAAUUGUUUAAAUUAAAUUUGAGAGUCUUUAAGCAAACGAUAUUAAGAAUUUAAUAGGAGUGAAGCAUUAUAAUAUUUUUAAUAAAUUUUAGAUGGUGUGGAAGAAUUGGAGAAACAUAAAAUAAUUCAUAGAGAUUUAAAAUUAGACAAUAUAUUAUUGAAAAAAAGAUAGGUAAUGAUAAUGAAGAUGUGGAUAGAUAAAAAUAAUCGAUUUUGGAUUUGCUAAAAAUUUGAAAGACAAUGGAUUGGGAACUGAUUCAGUAAAAUGUGGAACUCCAGAGACGAUGGCACCAGAAGUCCAUAAAAGUAAUAAAAGAACAAUGUAUAAUGAUAAAUAAGAUGUUUGGGCAUUGGGUAUAAUUUUGCAUUAAUUAUUUUACAAAAUUCAUCCUUUUGAAUCAUUAGAGUGUCUAUUGUAAGUGUAUUGUGCAUAAAUAAAGGGAAAAUAAGAGAAGAGACACUUAAGAAGAAGAUGAUGUAGUAGUUAAUGAUUUCAUUAAUAAGUGUUUGACAGAGUAGGAUUAAAGAAUGACAAUAAAAGAGGUUUUGUAACAUAGGAUUCGUAAAUAUUAGAUUGUUUUGGAUAUGGAUGAUUAAAAAACACUAUUUAGAUAAAUAAAGGAUUGCGUACAAAGUAAAUUAGAAAGUCUAACUCAUUAUUGGUAUGAAACAGUAAGGGGUUAUUUAAUUAAAUGAAUGAAAAC